AUGGCUCCCAAGGCUAGAGAGAAACCGAGACCCUCUCCGUCGUCGGCGCAACCGCCGCCUCCCAUCGAAGACCUCUUCACUUCCAUUAACAAACACAUACAGCGAUCUGAAUUCGAGCAAGCUGCUAAGGUUGCAGAUCAAGUUCUCUCUAUCGCGCCCGGCGACGAGGAAGCGCUGCAUUGCAAAGUUGUAGCUCUGAUUAAAGCAGACAACAUUGACGAUGCUCUUUCGACGAUUCAGUCUUCUCAGAGGAUUGCUGUUGAUUUUGGUUAUUUGAAGGCAUACUGCUUAUACAGACAAAACAAGCUAGACGAUGCUUUGGAAUCCCUCAGAAGUCAAGAGAAAAAUUCUACCACCAUGAUAUUAGAAUCUCAAAUUUUAUAUCGUCUAGGGAAGAUGGAUGCAUCUGUGGAUGUCUAUAAGAAACUUCAAAAAUCUAACAUUGACAGUUUAGAAAUAAAUCUUGUUGCUAGUUUGAUUUUGGCGGGAAGGGCUUCUGAAGUGCAAGGAACAAUGGAUGCUCUUCGAAUUAAACCAUCUAGCAGUUUUGAGCUGGCAUACAACACUGCUUGUUCUUUGAUUGAAAGGAAUAAGUAUGCAGAUGCAGAAGAACUCUUGCUGGCAGCUCGAAGAAUUGGUCAGGAAACACUGAUGGAUGACAACUUUGCUGAGGAUGAUAUAGAGAUUGAAUUGGCUCCUAUAGCUGUCCAGUUGGCCUAUGUUCAGCAGCUCCUUGGGCGCACACAAGAUGCCCUAGAAGCUUACACAGGUGUUAUUGAUCGAAAUCUGGCUGAUGAGUCAUCACUUGCUGUAGCAGUGAACAACCUCGUUGCUUUGAAGGGCUCAAAAGAUGUCUCUGAUAGCUUAAGGAAGCUUGAUCGGCUAAAAGAGAAGGAUGCACAGAAUUUUCAACUUUCUGGCAGUCUUGAUAAGCUUUCUUCAAACCAAAGGUUGACAAUAUAUGCAAAUCGGGUGCUUCUCCUUCUCCAUGCAAAUAGGAUGGAACAGGCUAGAGAACUUGUUGCUGUAUUACCAGGUAUGUUUGCUGACAGUGUGGUUCCUGUACUUCUUCAAGCUGCAGUUUUUGUUAGAGAGAACAAGGCUGGAAAAGCUGAAGAGUUACUGGGACAGUUUGCUGAAAAAUUCCCCAAAAAGUCGAGGGCUGUCCUCCUUGCUAGAGCUCAGGUUGCUGCCACUGCUGGCCAUUCUCAGAUUGCGGCUGAAUCCCUGGCUAAGAUACCUGAUAUUCAGCAUAUGCCUGCCACAGUUGCCACCCUUGUAUCUCUUAAGGAGCGUGCUGGGGAUAUUGAUGGUGCAGCUGCAAUUCUCGAUUCCGCUAUAAAAUGGUGGUCAAAUGCUAUGACUGAGGACAACAAGCUUGAUAUCAUAAUGCAAGAAGCUGCUUCAUUCAAGCUCAGGCAUGGUCGUGAGGAAGAUGCUGCCCGCCUAUAUGAGGAGCUUGUGAAAAGCCAUGGAAGCAUGGAAGCAUUGGUUGGGCUGGUAAGUACAGUUGCUCAUGUCGAUGUUGCAAAAGCAGAAUCUUAUGAGAAGCAGCUGAAACCAUUAUCGGGUCUGAAGAGAAUCAAAAUUGAUAACUUGGAGAAGACUUCUGGGGCAAAACAUGUUGAGGGUACUCAUGUUGGGCUUACUGAAGCGCAAGAGGAGGUCAAAACUAAAGAGAAACCAAAGAAGAAGAGAAAGAGAAAACCAAGAUAUCCCAAAGGUUUUGACCCUGCUAACCCAGGUCCCCCUCCUGAUCCUGAAAGGUGGCUCCCGAGGAGAGAGAGGUCAAGUUACAGGCCUAAGAGAAAGGACAAGAGAGCAGCUCAGGUGAGAGGCUCUCAAGGUGCUGUAGUUAGAGAAAAGAGUGAAGCUACUUCUGGUACCAAUUCCAACACAUCAAAUCCCAAAUCAAGCCAAGCUACCAGUUCGAAAGGAGCCACACAGAAUGCAUCUGCAGAUCAAUCGAAGCCUUCAUCCAAAUCAUCAAGAAAGAAGUCAAGGAAUUGAAUCAUAUUUCUUGUUCAAAGGUUUUCGUUUUUCUUUCUCAUUUUUCCUUUUGUUUUAUUUUUGACUUGCCAACCUGAGUUUUGAUAGUUUAUUUUUGGUGGUGUCAUCUUCUUAGCUUGACCUAAGAAUAAGUAACAGCGCAAAGGAUUCUUGGUAAACGCUGUCCUGAGUAUCUAUGACGAUAAUUUUUUUCCCCUCCUUGUUUGUGGUGAUAACUCUGUAAGUGAGUAGUGGGCUGUGAUCAUCCAUGGUUUAUUGCACUGACACUAUACUCCUGUUAGUAAACCUUUCUUCAAGCUUUAGACGACCUAUGUUGCCCCAGAACGUUGUCAAAAGCAAAAGCAAAAGCUUAAGCUUGAAGAAAUGCAUUUUGAUGCUUGUACAGGUGGUCUACUGGUGUUUGUAUGAUAGAUGGAUCAACGGUACUAAAUAAAUGACUUUGUAU